AUAGAAGGGAUAAAAGGAAGGCACCAACAGGCCUAAUAGGAAUCGAACCUAAACUACCUUUUAUUCCUCUACCCAGUAUCUACUGCAAAGCUUCAGACCUUGAAUUUGACCUGCAUUGUUUGAUAUUCUACAUUUGAUAAUUGUCCCCACUAAAUGUGUCUCACACAAUGCUCCCUUGUCAAACUCUUAGGUAAUUCAAGACCAUACGUCACGCGAUAAUUUAGCCGUAGAGUUCCAAGUCGCGCGUUGUUUUAACAUCUUCCCGGUGACAUGAGCUGAACAAGAAGACUUCGAAAGGUAGCUAUGACUUAUCCUCACUCAGACGCUCAUAGAACAAAAUCUACGCGCAACCUCCGACGUCAUCAGCCAGUAACUUACUAGCCGCGCUACCACGAAGGAUUAAGCAAUUGAGUUCCAUCGAGCAUUGAGCUAAGAACGGGUAACUUACAUAGUGUCAAAGUGUCACUGUCAUCAAUUGCUGGGGAUAUUUAGGUAGUCUAUGAUUGGUAUCAAUUAUAGGUUUAUUUACAUUGUGUUGAUGGGCAAGAUUGCAGGUUAUCACGUUCGUUAAGCACGAUGAUUCUGGGUCCGAUUUCGUAUUUAGAUUGUUUGGUUUUCUGUGCGUUCCUAGCACCGCAGUUGAUAAUUCAUGUUGGACUAUUUCAGACGACAUGGGUAGUCCUGAAGUGCCUACCUUUUUUAUUACUUGAACUUCCCUUCAAAUUUGUUCACGAGCGCUAUCUGAUUGGAUACGACAGUCAGUCUCCAUUCGUACAAAAAGCAACCCCAUUUGAGGAUUUUGUAAUCCGCUGCGUUCGCUAUGCCUUCGCAAAUAUACCUCCUAAAGUUGGAAGGGUGUUCUUUUCUAAGCCAGUGGCCUUGCCAUUUUUGAGAUUCCGGCUUCUGCGCCACGGCUAUUUGAGGUCUCCUGUCCACUGGAACGAGUAUAACGAUAAACGCUUCAAAGGGAUCUGGAUUAUUAAAGACCCAAUGAAGAAACCUGACAUUUGUAUAUUCUAUGCUCAUGGCGGCGGCUUCUCGAUGGGCUCGGCGUACUUCUACCUGGAGUUUCUACUCGCAUGGGCAAACCUGCUAGGCCACAGCGGGUAUCAAAAUCCGGCCAUCUUUGCUUUGGAUUAUACCUUGGUCCCCGACGCAAGCUUUCCGGCGCAACUAGAGGAAACAAUUGCUGCCUACGAGCAUGUGCUUUCGGUCGUGCAGGACCCUAACAAGAUUUGCGUCAGCGGAGACUCCGCAGGAGCCACUAUAGUGCUCAGUUUGCUCCUCCAUCUUGCCAAUAUUAGCCGCCAUCUUGAAAAAAUGGACAAUACCGGAGCCUGGCGUUUGGCAAAGCCCGGGAUGGCUGUGCUUAUUUCGCCUUGGGUAACGCUGGUCUCCAGCAAGCACCAAAAUACCGCAAGCGACUACCUCGAUGCCGGAAACUUGCAUCUGUAUGCUCGCCAAUACGCCGGAGAGAAAGUUUCCGUCAAUGAUCCACUCUUAUCGCCGGGCAGCUGCAGAGAUAUUUCGUGGUGGAAAGGCGCAAUGCCUUCGAAAGGGAUUUUCAUAGCUUAUGGUGCUGAAGAGGUUUUCGCGCCUGAGAUAGCAGGUUUGAUCGAGUUCUUCGAGAAAAACGAUAUAAAAGUGCAUAGUAGGGAAGAGAAGGGAGGCAUCCACGCCUGGCCCGUGGCUUGUGUAUUUCUUAGCAGCUCACUAAGUGAUAGACAAAAAGGGUUGAAAUAUUUAGUGGAGGAGAUUCGCGAUAAUAUUGACUAAAUUGAAAUCAGAGUAUGAGACCGCCGCCACUUGGCGCGUUGUUCAUGUUUAUCUAAAGUGAAUAAAUCCAUGGAUUUCCGUGCCUGGGUCUUAUGUCAUGUCAGAUUAGAUCAAGUUAUGUCAUCACAGACCUCGCCGGCAGAGAAGAAACCAUAGGGCACGAGCACUCGGCUUCUGGACUGACGAUGCUAAUCAUGGUCUCCGACAAAGCUCUUUGCAUGGUUAUCAUCAUUCAUGACAUGCCAAGGCACGUUUUAGCCGAAGCAUCCUUGAAGACACGAUGGAUGUUAGACCAAGACCAUCCAUCAGUGGGACGAGCUAGGAAUAGUAAUAAAAAAGUUUGUUUUUCAUCAAAUCUACCAAUUUCUUAAAUCUUAACUUGAAGGUUAUGUCAACAUGCAGCCUACAUAAUGCUACAUGGAAGCCUCGGUUUGAUCCAUGAUAGGACCGGCUUAUGCGACCGGGUUAUUCGUGACAGAAUAUUGGUCGCCUGGUGCCAUUGGAGACACACGUGCUAGAUCCAUUCGUGAGAAGAUCAUCGAAAUGUCAUGCAUGAGUCGAUGGAUUAUUUGGACAGUUACCCAAAUUAUGAACGUCGAAAAGUAUGUACGAUGUACGAGAUGUGGG